AGUUAUAUAAUACCUGUUAAAGCCGUCCUGUCUUGGCCGAGGUUCAGUUUCAGUUUGAGGAAUGCUGCUCCUGACUUGUUGCCAUGUAGGUCUCUGUGCAUGCGUGUUUCCCGCACACUGUUUGCAGAGUAGGCGAGAGUUUGCAGAGUCAUGUCGGUGGAGAAACCCCCCUUUUCCUGAGCCAGGACUGGUUACACAUUCAUGUGGUUUCUGUACGGAGUUAAACAGCUGUUUUGGGGAAGCAUCAGGAAGGAUGGGGUUAAAGAAAUUCCUGUCAGGAUACAAUGCAUUGUGCAGUUACACACAUUUGCCAACAACUUCCUCUUUUGCUGUGGCACACUUAAGUGCUGACAAAUCUUUGAAAUUUCAUAAUGGAUUACUUUCAGAACCUGGAGACCUGUGAACAGUGGACACUCAUGGUUUGAAUCUUGCUUUGGGAACUAACUAAUCCUGAUUCAAAGGCAUGACGGCAGCCAUGUUGGAGCCUGAAUCUGUGGAUGGGGAACGAGUCAACGAGGUAUUUUAUCAACUGUAUUUGUUCAGAAAGACUGAUGAGCUGAACAUUUCUGAUGUAGUGACGGGCUUUUUUCCUGGACUAUUUACUCUGCCUGCUGCCUGUGGAUGGGCUCAAGGAAGGAUUGUACUAUUACCCUGUUUCUAUCUGUAAAUCCUUUAACAAUGUUUUUUGUUUAUUAAAUUUAUUUCCGCCAAAUUUGAGGCAAAAUGGAGGAACUAAGGGCAUGUGCUCCCAGGAGCUUUUACAGCAAUGACUUAAAGACCAAAGGAUAUUUCUCACUUUAAACCUUUACUCCAAUGGGAUAAGAAGUAAACACAUACUGAACUAAAGAAGACUAAAUCUAAACAGGUUUGUCAGAAAAGAUACUGGAGUCCUUCUUUACCUCUCCCCAAGGAUGCAUUGCCCGAUGAGGAAGAAACGUCUCACACGUGACUCUGAUUUCUCAGCUAUUGCUGUUCCCUCCAUGCAUGGGUCAGGGUAUCUUGACUACACGGUUGAGACCCACGCUUCCAGAUCGCUCAAAGUGAUGGAGGAGUUCAGGCAGCAGGAGAUGCUGUGUGAUCUGGUGCUACAUGUGACGUACAAGGACAGGACAGUCGACUUCAAGGUGCAUAAGGUGGUCCUUGCCGCCUGCAGCCCCUACUUCAGAGCCAUGUUCACCAGCAGCUUCAAAGAGUGUCGGGCCUCCGAGGUCACCCUCCGCGACGUCUGCCCCCAGGUGGUGGGAAGACUUAUUGACUUUGCAUACACAGGCAACAUCACUGUUGGAGAAAAGUGUGUGCUGCAUGUUCUUUUGGCUGCUAUGAGGUAUCAGAUGGAGGAUGUUGCCAAGGCAUGUUGUGAUUUCCUCAUUAAGCAUUUGGAGCCUGCUAAUGUCAUCGGCAUUUCCCGCUUUGCUGAGGAGAUCGGCUGCACUGAGCUGCACCAGAAGUGUCGAGAGUACAUCAAUACACACUUCAAUGAGGUGACAAAAGAGGAUGAGUUCUUCAGCCUCUCGCACUGCCAGCUUCUGGAGCUCAUCAGUCAGGACAGUCUCAAGGUGCUCUGUGAGACAGAGGUGUAUAAGGCUUGUACAGAGUGGGUCCGCCAUGACACUGAGGGUCGAGCUCAGUACCUUCAUGCCCUCCUGAAUGCUGUUCACAUUUAUGCUCUGCCUCCAAAGUUCCUAAAGAAUCAGCUCCUGUCCUGCCCCAUCCUCAGCAAGGCCAAUUCCUGUAAGGACUUCCUGUCUAAAAUCUUCCAGGAUAUGACUCUGAGGAAACUCCCUCCUGCUCCAAACCGAGGAACUCAACUCAUCUACGUAGCUGGCGGAUACCAGCAGCAUUCACUGGCCUCCAUGGAGGCGUAUGAUCCCAGGAGGAAUGUGUGGCUGAGACUGGCUGACAUGGGGACUCCAUGCAGCGGUCUGGGAGCGUGUGCGCUCUUUGGACUGCUCUACACUGUUGGAGGCAGGAACCUGUCGCUUCAAACCAACACUGAGUCGAGUUCCCUGUGCUGCUACAACCCCAUGACCAACCAGUGGAGCCAGCGAGCCUCCCUCAACAUCCCCAGGAACAGGGUGGGUGUGGGCGUGGUGGACAGCUGCAUUUACGCCGUCGGAGGCUCUCAGGGCUCAACGCAUCACAACACGGUGGAGAGGUGGGACCCUGAGUCUAAUCGCUGGUCUUUUGUGUGCCCGAUGUCUGUGGCUCGUCUGGGUGCUGGCGUGGCAGCGUGUGGGGGCGCUCUGUAUGUGGUGGGGGGGUAUGACGGGCAAAACCGCUGGAACACAGCUGAGAAAUACCAGCCUGACACUAACACCUGGCAACAGCUGGCACCAAUGAGCACGAUACGCAGUGGACUAGGACUAGUGUGUGUGAACUCAUACCUGUAUGCAGUAGGGGGUUAUGAUGGGCAGAACCAGCUGUGUACCGUGGAGCGUUACAACAUAGCCAGGAACCAGUGGGAGCCCAGGGCCUCCAUGCAGUCCUGUCGCAGUGCACAUGGAGUCACCGUCCAUCAGGGGCGCAUCUUUGUCCUCGGAGGUUUUAACCAGCAUGGCUUCCUGUCCAGCAUUGAGUGCUACUGUCCCGAGAGGAAUGAGUGGACGCUUGUCACAGACAUGCCAGUUGGACGCAGCGGCAUGGGCGUCGCCGUCACCAUGGAGCCUUGUCCCGGCAGCCUGCCAGAACAAGAGUAUGAGGAAGACGAAGCCACGUAGGAAGCUCAAAUCUCAAGGGUUGAAUGCGGCGUAAGUGUUGCCGCUUUUCAACACAGGUUUAUGUGCAUUAGAAGAAAUAUCCCAACAUGAAUUCCACAGUUUUACACCCUAAUGGAUCUUAUUUGUAGCGCACCAACAGUGUAUUUGGACAUAAUGAAGAGGAAAAGAUAGUAUUGAGGAGAGAGUGAUCCCAAAGACUGGAAGGCCUCACAACGAAAACGGUGCUAUCGCUGUUAUCUCACAAACUGGUACUAUUUAAGAGAAUAAUUUUAUUCAACAGCUGUUUGUGAUCUUUCAGUGUUCAGUUUUUUAAAAUUAAAUUACACAUUAAACUUCGAAAGGCCUUCAUUUUCCUAAAUCCUUAAUCCUCCUGUGAUGUACCUCUACCUCUGUCUGUCAAAACGAGCACUUUUCUAAUGCAUUAUCUUUGUUUUGCGCAAAUGUUUUACUCGAAACUGUCAUUUUUGUUGUGUAAAUUUAAUUGAUUUUUUUUUUUGUGUGCAC